UCCGAUCCCAUCCCAUUCCCUGAUUCCCUCAUCUUUCUCCGAUGCAAUCUCGCCGCCGCCGUCCUCCCUAACAAAACAAGCGCGGCGCGCCGGAACCCUAGGAAGGAAGGCAGCCCAUGGCGUUCUGGUGGCCGCUCCUCGUGCUCGCCGCCGCCUACGCGCUCUGCCGCCUGCUCCUCUUCCUCAUCCCGCCCACCGUCCCUUCCAUCGACGUCGACGCUUCCGACGUGUUGGCCAAGGAGGACAGCUUCAUUUACAUACCAAGAAAGGGCAAAGCAGCUCAGACCGACAAGGUCCAAUGCUACGAACCAGCAACCAUGAAAUACUUGGGCUAUUUCCCUGCAUUGACUCCUGAUGAGGUCAAGGAGCAUGUUGAACAAGCCAGGAAAGCUCAAAAGAUAUGGGCAAAAAGCAGCUUCAAGCAAAGGCGCCAGUUCCUUCGUAUCCUUCUCAAGUAUAUACUUGAACAUCAGGAUCUCAUAUGCGAGGUAUCAUCUCGGGACACAGGAAAGACUAUGGUUGAUGCUUCAUUAGGUGAGAUAAUGACCACAUGCGAGAAGAUUACCUGGCUUUUGGAUGAGGGUGAGAAGUGGUUAAAACCUGAGUACAGAUCAACUGGGAGAUCAAUGCUGCACAAGAGAGCAAAAGUUGAAUUUUACCCUCUUGGAGUGAUUGGUGCGAUUGUAUCUUGGAAUUAUCCCUUCCAUAAUGUUUUUAAUCCAAUGCUGGCUGCAGUAUUCUCUGGUAAUGCAGCAGUUAUAAAGGUCUCUGAACACGCGACUUGGUCAGGCUGCUUUUAUUUUCGUAUCAUACAAGCAGCUCUUUCAGCUGUUGGUGCACCUGAGAAUCUGGUGCACAUAAUAACUGGUUUUGCUGAAACAGGGCAAACUCUUGUAUCUUCAGUAGACAAAAUAAUAUUUGUGGGAUCACCUGGCGUUGGAAGGAUGAUCAUGCAAAAAGCAUCAGAGUCUCUAAUACCUGUAACUCUUGAGCUUGGUGGCAAAGAUUCCUUUAUUGUGUGUGAAGAUGUAGAUUUACCUAAUGUUGUUCAAGUCGCCGUUAGAGCUGCUCUGCAAUCUAGUGGGCAGAAUUGUGCUGGUGCUGAAAGAUUUUAUGUCCACAGCGAUAUCUAUUCCGCCUUUGUUUCUCAAGUAGUGAAGAUAAUCAAAUCUAUAUGCGUUGGUCCCCCUUUAUCAGGCAGAUAUGAUAUGGGUGCAAUCUGUAUGAUAGAGCACUCUGAGAAACUUCAGAAUCUUGUUAAUGACGCUCUCGACAAAGGUGCCGAAAUUGCCGUCAGAGGGAGCUUUGGCAAUCUUGGUGAAGAUGCGGUUGAUCAAUUUUUCCCUCCAACUGUCCUGGUGAAUGUUGAUCACACAAUGAAAAUUAUGCAAGAAGAGGCAUUUGGACCAAUUCUACCAAUCAUGAAAUUCAGUUCUGAUGAAGAGGCUAUUAAACUUGCAAACGAUUCAAAAUUUGGUCUUGGUUGUGCUGUUUUUUCUGGCAACCAGAAGCGUGCCAUCAAAAUAGCGUCCCAAUUGCACUGUGGUGUAGCAGCAAUCAAUGAUUUUGCUUCAAGUUAUAUGUGUCAGUCAUUGCCAUUUGGUGGUGUCAAAGACAGUGGAUUUGGGAGAUUUGCUGGUGUAGAGGGCUUGCGAGCUUGCUGCCUUGUGAAGUCUGUGGUAGAAGAUAGAUUCUGGCCGUAUAUUAAAACAAUGAUCCCAAAACCUAUCCAGUAUCCUGUCUCGGAGCAUGGCUUUGAGUUCCAACAGCUGCUCGUGGAAACUCUGUAUGGCUAUAGUGUUUGGGAUAGGUUGCGGUCCCUCGUGAAUCUGGUAAAGAUGAUUACCGAGCAGAACUGUACCCCAGCUCCAGGUAGGAGGACGAAGAAAAGGCGAUGAUGAGGCAAUAGAGAGGGGUUCAGUUGAAUCUUGUGCCAAUUUGCUCUUGUGACGCUUCUCCCAUCAGCGAUCUAGUCUUUUAGACCUCCCCAGGCUUCUUGGGGAUGCAGGUCAAGUGUUUGGUGGCACUGUCAACAUGUAAACGGCCUUAAGAAAUUAGAAGUAGCCUCCUUCGUUCCAUGACACGCGAGGAAAUCAAAAUCGACAAUGAGAUCCGUGAUUGAUUGAUUUCGAUUUCGGUCUCCGAAACAAAACAAUGUACAUGUCGCGUGGAUGAGACUGUUCUGUUGGUGCUUGGGAACGUAGCUUUGAGAACCUUUUGUGCUUCACAGCUGUUGCCUGGGCAAUGAAAUGAAAUUCUACUAACUAUGGUUGUGCUA